AUCGAGGGCCGGCGGACGCGAGCCGACGACAGCCGAAGCACGCCGGACAUGAUUGGAAUAUGGACGUGUGGAGCGGCCGACCCGCGUUGUGCGUGCGCGCAUCGCCGCCCCUCGCCAUAGAGACAGGCGAAAAUUUCGCACUCACGUUCUUCGAAAGCAAAGAGCAAGCGCCGCCGCCGCUGCCGAAACAAGACCUUUCUACGUACUCGGCAGACAGCGCGACUUCUGGCACCGUCACAAAGGCAGCUACCCCUUGCAAGGUGUGUGGUGAUAAAGCUUCUGGCUAUCACUACGGCGUAACAUCAUGUGAGGGAUGUAAGGGGUUCUUUCGACGCAGCAUACAGAAACAAAUUGAAUAUAGGUGCCUUCGUGACGGCAAGUGUCUGGUCAUCAGAUUGAACAGGAACCGCUGCCAGUUCUGCAGAUUCAAGAAGUGCCUGGCGGUUGGCAUGAGUAAAGACUCCGUGCGAUACGGCAGAGUACCGAAGCGACCCCGAGAGCCCUCCGCAGCCGAAAGUCUGCCCGAGCCUCCCAAGCGAGCAGUUCACACCAGCGCAGCCACGUUACCCCCAACAGACCCCAUGGAAGCGGAGCUAUUAAGGCAAGAGAUGUCGAGAGAACUUGUGAAGCUCAUCACCGCAGCACACCGCGGCACCAACACCUACACCGAAGAAGUGAAGGCCACCCUGCAGCAGCGCGCCAUCGUCCUCCGUGUCGAGGACUCUGAAGGGGAAGGCAGCGGCGGCGAGGACGCGGCCUCUUCCACGACGGACCGCGCAACGGACGUGCGCUCCGUGCUCUGGCACAACAUAGCCCUCCGCAUGACUCCGGCCGUGCAGCAAGUUGUAGAGUUUGCAAAGCGGCUCCCUGGCUUCCACACACUGCCUCAAGAUGACCAACUUAUCCUGAUUAAGCUAGGGUUCUUCGAGGUCUGGUUGACCCGCAUCACCGCGCUCUCAGCUCCAGACCGCAUUGUCUUCGAGGAUGGAACCACGUUCACACAUAAUCAACUGGUUAUCACCUACGAUGCGCCAUUCGCUACGGCCAUGCUCACCUAUAUUUGGAAUAUUACUCGCAUGAACGUAACCGAAGAGGAGAUGGCAGUGUACACGGGCACCCUGCUACUCUGCCCACACCGCAACGGACUCAGCGCGGCAGACCGCAUCAGCGGGCUACAACAUGCCAUGAACGACGCGCUCCAGAAUAGUGCGGUGGCGCAUGGCGGGCCGGAGUCCGUGGCAAUAUCUCGUGCGCGCUACGAAGCCUUCGCAGCAGCCAGGAACGAGGUGCGGCUGCUGGGUACCCGACACAACGUGCUGCUGGGCUGGCCGCGCGAGCACUGGCCGCGCCUGCUGCUCCCGCCUCUCUUCUCAGAAAUUUUUGAUAUUCCGAAACAAGACGAGGACGCGAACGGGGAUCCCGCCGCGUCCUCGUCACCGGCUGGCACUGAAGCUGCUGCGGGCCCUGUCCCCAAGUCACCCCAGUCUCCGCACUCGUCGCAUCCACAAGUUCAGCAACAAGGAUAAAUAUAAAAAAAUCAAAGAGAACGCCAAUAGUAAUAAAGGCAUGACUGAUACAAUUAUUGGUAAUAUCAUUAAAGGUUUAGAAUAACUAGCGCCAAAGUUUCGCAGAAACUCUAGGGAUAGUUAUUAAAGUUGUAUUAUUCCUAAGGAUAAAUAUGACCACUAAAAGUAUUAAAAUAUUUAUAACACAAGUUUUAUAAGCAAAGAUUGUAAUUAAUCUGGUAGCUAUUCGAAUAAGCUGUUGUGCAAUGUUUGAGUGUCAGAUCUCGCAGACGUGCUUUCAGAGUGCGGUGGUUGGGUGGCGUAGCACACGUGGCACACGCCGCAGCAGAUUGCAUGUGACGCAGUGUGCACGACGCAUGCUGACCGUGCCGUAGGUAAGGUAGUCAAACGCACGACUUAGGAGCUAUCGUAUCGACCCUAGGAAUCACUAUACAUAUCGUUUUUCAACAAGUAGGUCAUUUUGAUUUUGCUAUUAUCAUUUAUUUAUUUUAAAUGUUCCUUGUUUUAGAAUAUCUUCAUUUUAAUAAAUUUACAGUAAGGUUACACGUAAUUUUUCGAAUCGUCAAAUCGUCAUAAUUUUUGGUUGAUUUCUCGUAAUAUUAAGUUGUACGUAGUACA